UCCUCUCCAUUGCUCUCCAUUCUCACGCCCCGGCUCCCCCUCUCUUCUACUCCCACUCUCAACACUCACCUCUGCACGAACGGUAUGAGCUCCGGGGACCGCUCCGCGAGCUCCUCGCUCUCCCCGCAGCCUGACAAUGUUAUCGUUGUCCGCGACACGCAUCAUGUCCUCGAGCCUCAGGCGCCGUUCGACUAUGCGUCUCUCCGCGGCGAGACGAGCAUUUGCAUUGACCCAGGGUCAUAUACCUGGCGUGCUGGCUUCAGCGGGAUGGACGCGCCGUACAUCCACCGACCAAACAUCGUUGCGCGGUAUCGUGACCGCAAGAAUGGGCGGAACAUGAUGCUUUUCGGGCACGAUGUGGAGAUUGACGCGAACAGUCGCUCGAACGGGAAGAGCAUGUUUGACGGCGACCUGCUUGUGCACUCGGACCUUCUUGAAGCGGCGCUCGACUUCAGUUUCCUCACGCUCGGGAUCGACACGCCCCAGAUCGAGCAGCCUAUCGUCAUGACCGAGCGCCUUGCCAAUCCGCUGUUUACACGAGCCAUGACUUCUGAGCUCCUGUUUGAGCUGUACAAUGCUCCGGCCGUAACAUACGGUAUUGACUCGCUAUUUGCCUUCUCCCGGCAUGGGCAUAGGGAUGGCCUCUCCAUCAAUCUGGGGCAUAGCGCCAGCACCGUCAUCCCUGUAGUUGAUGGGCGGGGGGACAUCUCUAGAGCCAAGCGGAUACCCUUCGGCGGGCAGCAGGCGUCGGAGCUGAUGCAAAAGCUUGCGCAGCUCAAGUAUCCUUCCUUCCCGCUCAAGGUCACGCCGUCGCAGUUCACUUUCAUGUUCCACGAGACAUGCUACUUCUCGUCAGAUUAUGAGUCAGAGCUUCGCUCGCUUUCGGAUCCAGCGGCAAUGUCGGCCAUGACCAAGGUCAUGCAGUUCCCAUACCCGAAGCCGGACAUUGUCGAGAAGACGGAAGAAGAGAUUGCGGCACAGCUCGAGAGGAGGAAAGCGCAGGGACAGCGGUUGCAGGAGAUGCAGGCUAAACUACGCGCCGAGAAGCUUGCGGCAAAGGUGGCCGAGCUUGACGAGUACAAGGCUCUCAUGGCGGAGAAGGGGACCAUGAAGAAGGCCGAUUUCCAGAAGCGCAUAUCGGACACAACCAACUUUGAGACGGAAGCGGAGCUCGAGGCGUGGAUAAAGCGUACAGAGGUGGAGAUCCGACGCAAGCAGCGGCGUGCCAUGGGCGAGGAGCCCGAGCCGGAAGAGGAGCCGACGUUCCCGCUGGUCGACCGGCCGGACGAGGAGCUGACAGAGGAAGAAAUCAAGGAUAAGCGACGGCAGAAGCUCAUGAAGGCUGGCUGGGAGGCGCGCGUCAAGGUCCGGGAGGAGAAGCAGCGAGAGAAGGAGCGGUUGGAAGAGAUUCAACGGCUGGAUGACGAGGAGCGGGUCAACAACAUUGCGAAAUGGGCCGCUAGGCUGCGGGAGGAGCAGGAGGAAGUGAUUGAGCGCAUGCGCGAGAGGAAGAAGCGAAAGGCGCAGCUCGGCGACAGGAAGAGUGCUGCGGCCCAGAACCGAAUGAAGUCGAUCGCAUCGCUAGCGGCGGAUACGAAUGGGGGGAAGAAGCGAAAGAAGGGCGAGGAGGAAAAGGACGAUGGGUUUGGGCGCGACGACUCGGACUGGGCCGUCUACCGCGAGAUUCAGGUGGAGGAGGAUUCUGAGGCCGAGGAGGACGACAUGGCUGCGCUUGAAACGCUCGAGGCCAAGCUGCUCAAGUACGACCCUGGGUUCACAGAAGACGACACGCUCGAGGGCAAGGUGCGCGCGAAGAAUGCGCUGUUGAAUGCCUUUGUGAGAGGUGGAAACGGCGGGCGGUACGAUCCCGAGGACGUCAAGCAGUCGUACCAGAUCCACUUGAAUGUCGAGCGCAUCCGGGUGCCCGAGACAUGGUUUCAGCCAAGCAUGUUUGGAAUUGACAGCGCGGGCAUUGGCGAGGUCGCGGGAUGGUUGCUCAACGGGUUUGAAGACGACGUGCGGGCGCGGCUCAUGCAGUGCAUCGUCGUGUCGGGCGGCUGCUCGCAGCUCCCCAACCUGAUUCCUCGGAUGCGCAACACGCUUACCCCGCUCCUGCCGUUCCGGCAGCCGCUCAAGAUAGUGGGCUCGCUGGGUGCUGACCCGGCUUUGGAGGCGUGGCGGGGUAUGGCAGCGUGGGCGGGGACGGAGGAGGCCAAGGCGGCGCGGAUCACGCGGGCCGAGUAUGACGAGUAUGGGGCGGAGUGGCUCAAGGAGCAUGCGUGGGGAAAUGUUGCGCCGUGAGAUGUUGCGGGGUGAGAUGUAUGUUGUGUUGGGGAGGUGGGCUGGUUUGUGCGCAUGGGCGUGCUGGCUAUGUUGUACUGUAGUUGCGCGUUCUAAUGGCGACUGCCCCUAUCAUGCCUACCGUGCUGAAUCUGCCGAGUUGCACAGACUACAGUAGCGGUGACUGCCACAUAACAAGCUACCGCCGUGCCAUGCGUGCCAGCGAUGCAUGAAAGUCAAGUCAUCAAC